AUGAACAAUCCAUCAACGCAGAGCGAGAAAAGUUCUUGGCCUCCUGGAACUGUUUGGUUGCAAGAAUUACACACAAAUCAUGACGAGAUUAUCUUACAGCCUCGACCAACAGAUGACCCCAAUGAUCCACGAAAUUGGACACCUUUCCGCAAAUAUCUCAAUUUUGGCCUGACUUGCUUGUGGGCGCUUCUCAUCACCGAAUUCCUUUGCGCAGCAACUCCAACAUGGGGUCCAAUGCACGAGCAGCUCGGCUUCAGCUGGGCUAUUUUGAAUGACUCUUAUGCCAUUGGUUGUGGUUUUCUGGGCAUUGGCGCAGUGGUAUUGACCCCAUUUGCACUCAAAUUCGGGCGUCGACCGCUGUAUCUUCUCAGUACAAUGGUCACAUUCGCUGUGAGCAUUUGGAGUGCGAAAAUGGAAAAGCCCGUUGAUAUCAUGUUGGUCAAUGUAUUGUCCUGCUUUUUUGGCGCACUGUCUGAGGUCAUCAUCCAAAUGACAAUCGCUGAUAUGUUUUACGUUCACGAACGAGGCCGGAUGAACGCCAUCUUUAUCUGGACUGUCCAACUUGGCGGAUCCUUGGGGACACUUGCUGCUGGAUACAUCACUGUUUCCCAAGGGUGGAGAUGGGUAUGGUGGUGGAACGCCAUUCUAUUUGGCGCUUGCUUCCUUCACCUCGGAUUUCUCUAUGAAGAGACCAAGUACCUUCCCGCCAUGAAUUUGACUGCCGUUGCCAAUAAAGAAAGCGCUAUUAUGACUAUCGAUUCAGCAAAGAAAGACUUCCUGUCGGUCACCCAAAAGCCAAGCUCCAAUGAGGCACAUCUUGGGCCACACAGCCCGCCAACGAUCAACCCGAAUAUACCUCUCAAGUCCUACUGGCAACGUAUUUCAUUGAAUACCUCAUCCCCGGAUGACUGGAAGACAAUUGGCCGUCACAUCUACCAACCAUUCAUCAUUAUGGGAGCUUUUCCAGGUGUAUUAUUCGUGGCCUCAGUAUAUGGCGUGCUGGUGGCGUUGCAGAAUGCCCUUAGCACAACGAUGUCCAGUCAAAUGACCGAGCCCCCAUACAAUUUCUCUGCUGAUAUGAUCGGACUCAUGAACCUGCCUCAGUUCAUCGGGGUAACGAUUUCCUCUUUGAUCGUAGGCAGUUUGAGUGAUGCUUGGGUUCUUCGUCUCGCCCACCGCAAUGGUGGGAUUUACGAGCCUGAGACUCGGCUGUGGAUGAUUAUUCCCUUUGUACCUCUUGUACUUGGUGGUUCACUCAUGUUUGGAUACGGAAUCCAACGAGGACUUCCCUGGCCAAUUGUAGCCAUAGGAAUAGCUAUAUCAAGUGCUGGCACUGCUUCGAUCAACACAGUGACGUUGACGUAUGUCACUGAUUCAUAUAGUGAGGUCGUCGGGGAUGCAUUGGUUGGUGUCACUUUUGUUCGCAAUACCGUCAGUACCUGUUUUAUCUUUGCUCUUACCCCAUGGUUUGCAGCAGUCGGUAUUCAGAACGUCAUUCUUUCGAUUGCAUGUAUUGCCACUUUCUUUCUGUGUUUUGUUGGAAUUUUUAUCAAAUGGGGGAAACAAUUCCGUGCCCGAACGGCUGCAAGAUAUAAGAUGUUUGCUGGAAAGCAGGCCAAUUUCUAA